GGAGGGGGCACAUGAGAUACACCAUGUCCAAGUUCCUAUUUUCAGUUCGGAAUCAUUCUCCUUUGCCCCCCUCUCUUCUAUCCCUCUCUCUCCCUUUGUCUUCGUUCCUCUCUCUCUCUUUCUUCCUCUUUUUAUUUUUAUUUUUAUGUGACAGAUGUUACCUUGUCGGAGUAUAAAAGAUCAACACCCCAACGAAUCUACCAACAACGUCCUCGAGGGACAAUUAGCUGACUCGAUUGAGUUUGCCUAGGAGAUAAAAUAACCACAACACUGGGUCUUUUGCCCCCCCUGUCGAUUUACCUGAACGGACUAACUGUCAGAAAAAGUGGAGUUCACAAAAGCCUUCCGUCAAUCAUUUUGUCUCGACCGACUGGACCAUUUUAUUUGCUUAGACGCCAACGACGUUAGUACAGGUUUAGUUUCAUCAAGAGGGCCAACUUCUCUGGUUCACUUUGCCCCAAGCUCUCAGGUUAAAAGAAGAAGGCAAUUCCCCAUUGUUCUCCCCGUUUCUUGAACGACAUACAACUCCCCCGCGGUUAUUCCGGAUCCUCCAUAAAUAAUGGAAGGCUCAACAUUCGAAUCCCCUUCUUUCCUGGGAAAUCGUUUAAUCUCCUACCUUCAGACCCUAACGACGGCUAAGAAGGGAUUGCCGUUUGGUCUUCCUGUUUGCGUGUCUCCCUCCCACACCAUCACUACCACAGAUGCUCUGCUUCAACUAGCAUCGUCCGUUGGCCCACACAUUGCCAUUCUCCAGAUCCACGCGGAUAUUAUCGACGACUGGUCCGACGAGACAGCUCGCCAAUUGACCUCCUUAGCCAAGAAACAUGGAUUUUUGUUGUGGGAGUCUGGCCGCAUUCUCAAUGCUACCGUCGAUAUUGUUGGCAGACAGAAAACCGAGUCAAGAGAAGUGAAGAAUCAGCUAGUGGACUUGAUCCGGAAGAAAUACACGAAAGGUGUCAUAAAGGAAGCUUCGUGGGCUGUUUUGGGAACCGCAUGGGCCUCAGGAGUGGCAGUGGGUAACCAGGAGGCUGAUAUCUUGAUCCCGACCCUAAAAGCUGCCGCUCGAGAGGCUGUGGCAGACGCCGUGCAGACCAUCAAGACAGAAAUUACAGCCAAUAAUCCAAGUGAACGUCCAUCCACUGGCCAUGAAUCAAUACCUUUCGGGGAUAACGAUGCUACUUCACAUCUUUCUGAAUAUGCGGUUGGCGACACCAGCGGUCUAGCACUUCCGCCCCGAAAAGCGUCGACUAUAUCUCUUACCCAGACAAUCACACAACAUACGGAGGAUGUAAUAGAAUCGCCUACGGACUCUGGAGCUUAUGAACGGAAGGAAAGCUUUGAAAGCGCAGCCUCAAGUCUAUUUGUUAUCAGCGAGGAUAUCCCUCCUCCACCUCUCCUGGCACGUGGUCUUGUCCUUUGUCUGCCGUCAACUACCGAUUCCUCUUUCAAGUCUGAUUACAGAAAGAGCUGCUUGGCAGCAGCACGCGCGAAUCAAGAUUUUGUGAUUGGAUUUAUAUGCGGUGAGCUAUGGCAUCUUGUUUCUCAGAGAAACGAUAUAUUCGACGCCGAGUCUCUGGUGCACGAAGAAGACCAACAGCAACCUAGUCCCUAUGCUUCAGAUGAGGAGGAGCCUCAGCCGUGUCUGGCGCUAUUCUCGCAUGUUCCCCCACGGCUCAACCUUAUAGGGAACGCUGAUCUGGAAGAUCAUGAAGAGGAAAAUGGAAUGGGUGAGAUGAGCUGGUCUGCGAUGAAGGCAUCCCAGGCAGACACCACGAAUCUAUUGUCCAUGAAGCUUUUCUACAGUAUAGCGCAUGCACUGAAGCUUCGAGAAACGUCCGUCAAGGACAAGCAAAACGGGACUACCAGCACAAGUAACCGGAAUGACUAUGAGAUCCUGCACAUCCCUGUUGUAUCUUUGCCUUAGGAGAGGUUGCUAAUAUUCGGCGUUUUAUUCUUCCAUUCUCUCCCUUGCUUUCUUUUUUUGUUUUUUUCUUUUU